GGGUGAAGUACAACUUGAGAAGCCCAGCUAGGGCCUAGAGCUAUCUCCAUCUUCAGCUCCAGAGUUUCUGGUUUCUGUUCAAGGACAAAUGGCACAGCAUAUCUUCCAAGAUCAAGAACAAAGGACCUCCAGGUGGCAGAAUAGAAAAUCCACUGAUGACACAACAAGACCAAAGGAAAGACAGCUAACAAUCACUGAAGCCCUGUGGGACCAAGUGCUAAUGGCUUUUAGGGAUAUACAAAAGGAGCUGCAGGAAGAUGCUCGGAUUCGAGGGAUGAGCAACUGCUCCAUGACACCCAGGUCAUCUACAUCUGGGACUGGAAGUGUCGGGCCUCCAGAUUCUGGGAUGGUCCUAAAUUUGAGAAGCACUGGAGACCAGCCAUCAAGGGUUCACCUCCACAACCUAAGAAGAUAGUUCUUUGAUCGAUCAGCUUGCUACCCUGGACCAUAACCCUACAAUCAAGAGAGGAAGGCCUCUUCUGCUUCUCCUAGGGCACAGCUUUGGUCACCUGAAAAAGAGAAGUUAUUAAGCAGACAUCACUACUGCCCAGAAGAGAAAGUGAUACUCUUGGGCAGAGAUACCAGGAUCUAUGGCUGCACCUGGGAACUUGGAAAUCAAAUGAGACCCAAGCACAUCACAACUGCCAAGCAAAGAAA